AUGCUGCGGGCGUGCCGUCCACGCUACCUGCGCGCCUCCCUUGUGCUGCGCGUGUGGGCGGCGGAGGAGGACGACGCGAACGCCCCACCAACAACAUUCAAGAACGUCAAGCCUGGACGGCUGCUGCGCCUUUGGAGGCAGAUACGCCACCGCGCAUGGAUCGCCUACACGUGGGAUGAGGAAUGGACAAGCCCGGGCAGCGAGGGCUACUUGCACCAGCAGCGGCUGGAGCAGGUGUGCUUCGCCCCACUUUCCGCGUAUGGCAUGGUGCCCGGCUCAUACUGUGACCCAUUGUUGUACAACACAAAGCACACAUCACCGUUCCGCUGGCAUGUGGCGAACACCGCCUCUGACAUUGUGGGCCACUGGUACAUGGAUGCAGAUGAGAUAUUCCGCAUCAAGGACUGGCAGCCGAAGAACCCCGACGAUCCAACAGAGAUGUUUCCACGGCCACCACAGCAGAUCCUGAAGUGGGACGAAACUGUGGACGAGCACGGCAAUCGAACCUUUCGCUACAAGUACCGAUACGACUUUAUGGGGCCUACGGGCAUGUGGGAGGCUUACCCGCGCUACCCAUUCUCACACCUUUACCUCAACGGGCAGGACCACCAUGGCAGGGCAGAGGGCUACGGCUUCAAGCAGGGCCACCUGCUGCGCUGCAACGAAGAGGAGGAAGAGGUGCUGCGCCGCAUCAUGGAGGAAGAGGACAAGGAGUGGGAAAUGGUGAAGCGCACAGAGGUGGUACAGGAGCCGUGGUCAUACCCAGGGAAGAUACGACCACAGGACUUCAAGGGCGCUGUGGAGCGUGCCAAAGCGCGGUUCCGCGAGCAGAUCAAGCAUGGGAAGGAAACAGACCCCAGCGAGGACCCUGACUACGAUCUGGUGCAGGCUGGCGAGUAUGUGGAGCCGCGCGACGGCCCACGUGCGGAAUGGCGGCACUUGUGGACAUCAAACCGUCCCAAGGGAGAGCCGCUACCUUUUCAGGUGACGUUUAACGACGGCAUCACAUUCGAAGACAAUGAAGGCAAGCCUCCUGUGCACCCAGCAAGCCACUAUGAAGAGACACCGAAGGAGGCACCCUACAAAAAGUAUGAGGAGCAGGAUACCAAGGACGACGAUGAAAAGAAAAAGAAACUCCGUGCAAAGUGGGAGAAGUCGUUUGAGGAGGCUAUGUCGCAACACGGCAAAGAGUUUGGUGCAGUCUCUGGGAAGAGUCCCAGUCGGCCUGGCCCUUCUAGCAGCAGUGGUGGUAGCCAGGCGCCUCCGCCUCCUGCUGCUGGUGGUGCGAAGCCCGAUGCAAAGAGCGGUGGCCAGGCACCUUCGCCUGCUGCUGCUGGUGGUGCGAAGCCAGAUGCAAAGAGCGGUGGCCAGGCACCUUCGCCUGCUGCUGCUGGUGGUGCGAAGCCAGAUGCAACGAGCGGUGGCCAGGCACCUUCGCCUGCUGCUGCUGGUGGUGCGAAGCCAGAUGGAAAAAAAUAG